UGGUGCUCCAAGGGCCGCUGCCGCUCCCUGGCGGAGCUGACCCCCAUGGAGGCGGUGCACGGGCACUGGUCAGCUUGGGGUCCCCCCAGUCCUUGCUCCCGCUCCUGCGGAGGAGGCGUGGUCACCAGGAGGCGGCAGUGCAACAACCCCAGACCUGCCUUCGGGGGGCGUGCAUGCACAGGCGCUGACCUCCAGGCCGAGAUGUGCAACACCCAGGCCUGCGAGACCACCCAGCUGGCGUUCAUGGCUGAGCAGUGUGCGGAGACCGAGGGGCGGCCGCUGGGCCUUUCCCCAGGCAAUGCCUCCUCCUACCGCUGGGGCCCAGCUGUGCCUCACAGUCAAGGGGACGCUCUGUGCAGACACAUGUGCCGGGCCGUCGGUGAGAGCUUCAUCAUGCGGCGUGGGGACAGCUUCCGGGACGGCACCCGGUGUGUGCCAAGCGGCCCGCAGGAGGACGGGACCCUCAGCCUGUGCGUGUUGGGCAGCUGCAGGACGUUCGGCUGUGACGGCAGGAUGGACUCCCGGCAGGUGCCGGACGAGUGCCAGGUGUGUGGAGGGGACAACAGCACGUGCAGCGCGCAGAGCGGCUCCUUCACGGGCGGAAGAGCCCGAGAGUACGUCACGUUCCUGACGCUGACUCCCAACCUGACCAGGGUGCACAUCGCCAACCACAGGCCGCUCUUCACACACCUGGCGGUGAGGAUCCGCGGGCACUACGUGGUGGCUGGGAAUUUCAGCAUCUCCCCCAGCACCAGCCACCCCUCCCUCCUGGAGGACAGCCGCAUCGAGUACAGAGUGACCCUCACCGAGGACCGGCUGCCCCGCCUGGAGGAGAUCUCCAUCCCGGGCCCCACCCAGGAAGACAUGGAGAUCCAGGUGUAUAGGCGCUAUGGCGAGGAGUAUGGCAACGCCACCCGCCCGCAUGUCACCUUCACCUACUUCCAGCCUAAGCUGCGGGCCUGGGCGUGGGCUGCCACGCGGGGGGCCUGCUCGGUGAGCUGUGGGGCAGGGCUGCGGUGGGUGACCUACAGCUGCCUGGACCAGGCCAGGAACCAGCAGGUGGAGGCUGCCCGGUGCGCAGGGAGCCCGCAGCCGGCGGCCUGGCCAGAGCCCUGCGCCCCCGGGGCCUGCCCCCCAUACUGGGCAGCUGGAGACUUCGGCCCCUGCAGCACCUCCUGCGGGACAGGCCUGCGGGAGCGGGCGGUGCGCUGCGUGCAGGCCCAGGGCCCCCGCCUGAGGACGCUGCCCCCUGCCCGGUGCGCAGCGCUGGCCCAGAAGCCCGCGGUGGUGGAAACCUGCAGUUCCCAGCCCUGCCCCGCCAGGUGGGAGGUGUCGGACGCGUGCCCGUUGGCCUGUGGAGCGGACCUGGUCGCACAGAAUGUCACGUGCGCGCAGGGGGCAGACGGCCUGGAGGCACCAGCGACCGCCGGGCCCUGCUCCGCGGACCAGACACCAGCUGCCCUCGAGCCCUGCAUGGCGGUGGCCUGUCCUCCGGGCUGGGGCCCUGUGAGUGUCCUGGGCUUGGGGGAGGCCGCACCCGCACCGGGCGGCCCCCGGCUGGGGGCUCGCGCUGCCCACGUGUGGACGCCCCUGGCCGGGCCCUGCUCCGUCUCCUGUGGCAGAGGCCAGACGGAGCUGCGUUUCGUGUGCAUGGACUCCGCCCUGGGGACAGCUGUCCAGGAAGAGCUGUGUGACCUGGCGAGCAAGCCGGGGAGCCGGCGCGAGGUCUGCCAGGCUGCCCCGUGCCCGGCUUGGUGGCGGUACAAGCUGGCGGCCUGCAGCGUGAGCUGCGGGGGUGGGGUGGCGCGGAGGAUCCUGUAUUGUGCCCGGGCCCACGGGCAGGACGAGGACGAGGAGAUCCUGCCGGAUACCCAGUGCCAGGGGCUGCCGCAGCCAGAGCCACAGGAGGCCUGCAGCCCGGAGCCCUGCCCGCCCAGGUGGAAAGUCACGUCGCGUGGCCCAUGCUCAGCCAGCUGUGGCCUCGGCACUGCCACCCGCUCCAUAGCCUGCGUCCGGCUGGACCGAGGCCAGGACACGGAGGUGGACGGGGCGGCCUGUGCGGCUCUGGCGCGGCCGCGGGCCAGCAUCCCCUGCGUCGUCGCCGACUGCACUUACCAGUGGCACCUCAGCACCUGGACGCAGUGCUCCGUCUCCUGCGGGGAUGGCGUCCAGCACCGGCGUGACACCUGCCUGGGACCCCGGGCCCAGGGGCCCGUGCCAGCCGACUUCUGCCAGCACUUGCCCAAGCCGGCCACGGUGCGGGGCUGCUGGGCCGGGCCCUGCGCGGGGCCGGGGACGCCCAGCCUGGCGCCCCGCGAGGAAGCUGCUGCUCCAGGACAGACCACGGCUGGCCCUGCCGCCGGGCGGCCCCUGGGUGAGGUGCUGACCCUCCAGGUGCUGGAGAGCUCCUUUCAACGUGCAGCGCCGGUAGGGGAGAUGCUGCUGCUCUGGGGCAGGCUCAUGUGGAGGAAGGUGUGCAGGAAGCUGUCCGGCCUGACCUUCAGUUCCAAGGCCAACACCCUGGUGGUGACGCAGCGCCGAGUGCGGCUGGGCGGCGGAGGCGGAGUGGUGCUGCGGUUCUCCAGCCGGCCCGCCCCGGGGGCCUUCCACAGAGAAUGUGACACGCAGCUCUUUGGCCCCCGGGGUGAGAUUGCCAGCCCACUGGCGAGUUCCGAUGGGAGGAGCGUGGGGGGCUGCCGCAUCUUCAUCGACGUGGCUCCGUGGGCGCGUAUCGCCAUCCACGCCCUGGCCACUGACAUGGGCACCGAGGGAGCUGAGGCCAGCUACAUCUCGAUCCGGGACAUCCACAGUCUGAAAACGACCACAUUCCGCGGGCAGCAAGCACUCUACUGGGAGUCAGAGGGCAGCCAGGCGGAAAUGGAGUUUAGCCAGGGCUUCCUGGACACACAUGCCCGCCUGCGGGGCCAGUACUGGACACUGCAGUCCAGAGCUCCCGCGCCCCGCACUGCCCCGCCCUAGCUGCCUCUCCCAGCACGACGGGUCCAGUGAGGGGUGCUCCCUCCAGUUCUGGGGGGGAGAGGAGGGGAGCUGACCUGUAUGAGCUGCUGGCUGCCUGGCCGGCCCCGGAGUGCUUCCCGAUCUGAACUCCCUCCCCUCUUCAGUGUCGCCGUCAGCGCCUUCUCCAACGUGCACAACGUUAGGGGGCAGAAGGGGACACACUCUGGCAUGGCAGCCCCAGCCGUUCAGGCACCAAUAAAAAGGACGUGCGGUCUGACUGGCGUU